AUGAAGAAGCAGGACACCAAAACCUCGCCGCCCGUCAAGGUGGUGGGCUUCCGCGUGGAGGGCGCCACCCCCUCGCCUCGGGACACCAGCCUGGCCGACGCGGCAGCGGCCAGCACCGCCGCCGGCAGCCCCUCGCCCGUGAUCAUCCCGCCCGCCUUUGCGGGCCACGGCCGGUCGGGCGGCGGCGACGCGACGCCCACCCUGCGCCCCGCCGCCACCCCACCCAGCGCCGGCUCGGCCACCUUCCAGCUUGACGACAGCGACGAGUCGUCCGUCUGCAGCCUGCCUCCCAUCAGGACGGAGGCGCAGGGACUAGACCCAGACGCCUUUGCCAGGGACCGCACUCCCACCAAGGGCCAGGCGGUGGCGUCGCCGCCUGCGGGCAUCCGCGCGCUGCCACUGACACCCGUCGGCACCUCUGCGCCAUCAGACCUGGGCGGCCAGUUUGCUGCUGCCGCGGCCACGCCGCUUGCAGGAGGCGCGCAAUUUGCCGGACCAACUUGGCCCGUGUGCCGCCGCUGCUCUGCCGCAGGCUUCACGCGGCUCUGCUUGGACGACAACGAAAAUGCCCGCUACUCCUUCCGCACGCCGAACCCGUGCCUAGGGGGCGCCGAGAUGUGGGGCGAGAUGUUCCUCAGCGCCCGCCCCAGGACCUGCAAGGCCUCGCAGCUGGAGCCGGUGCCCAACGUCUGGAACCGAGCUGGGCUCAGCAUGAACCCAUCCAAGCAGGCGCCCCUCAAGUGCCCUCCCGCCUACACCCGGGCCGGCCCCGCCGACAAGCCCCUGCUGAAGGCCUUCCUCUCUGUCUACUUCACUUCCUCAGUGUUCAUGGCCAAGACGAUCGACCGGUACGACAACAACAUGUACUGCGACGACGCCUUCCGCUCCAUCGACUAUAGCAACAUCGUCGGCUGCAUCCGCAAGGCGGAUGCGCCCAAGGAUAAAGCUAUGGUGGUGGCCCGUGGCGUCAUCACGUUCAGGUGCUACGCGCCCCCCGUGGGGGCGGGGCUGCAGACGCCGCUCAACACCAUCGGCCUGACGGUUCGCGGCAUGUACACCAUGCAGUGCAAGCCAAAGGUUGCCUUCAAGUGGUCUGGACCCAAGUAA